GAGUUUACCGAGAGCUACAGUGGUUUGAGCGCAGGGCCUUCACCCCGUAUGCGCUUUCGCUCUGCCUAACUACGGAUGGUGUGUAAAUGGAGUCUGAGAAAUUUUCCACCACACGUCUCACGGAUUUUGCGAAGAAACUGGAUUUUAUAAACUGAGUCGCCAUUUCAAGUCGGCAGAAUGCCGGAUAAGGACACUGAUUAUUUGCCUAGGAAUCUAGGGACAUUAUAGCCAUUAAGACUGGCUUAUUCGGAUUUACCCGAUCGGACUGUUUCUUUGAUCAAGUUGGGUCAUUGUGGAUGAUGGAUGGCCGAGACUUCGGACCCCCCAGAUCUGUUCACGUACCGCCGCCCCUUCUCUCGGGGCUGCCCAUGGAGUCACACCGGCUCAGCGCGGCGGCUGCGGCCGGCAGAAUGCCACCGUCUCCCGGUCAUCUGGGCGCGGGGCACCCGGCGGCUCUACACACUGGAAAAUAUCUCUCAUCGGCCAUGAACCUACAUUCUCACCACAGUGAUGCCUUCCCAGGUGCCUCUAGCCCAUUCCUCAGCGGAUACAUCAGCGCCUCCAGUGCUCACGGGUCGUCGGAUCCGGCCUUCCGAGCCCCAAACUCAGCCAGCCUGCAAAUGGCCCAGCUCUGGGCAUCUCACCCUCAUGAAGGUUUUCCUCACUUGCCAAGCAGUUUGUACCCCAGCCCUUACAUUCCCUUGGGCCACCUUGAGCAUCCACAGCUCAGCCAACAUGCACUCUUUGACUCACAAAAAGAGGGGUUUUACCUGCCAGUUUCAGCGCACUCCCAGUCUGCAAUGGCCAGGAGCCCAGUGGUUCACAUGCCCGGCUCCUUCUCCAGGGAAAAGGAGGCCCUGCCUCCUCACAAAAGCUCUAAAGACUCAAGUAGGGAUCUGAGAAAAGAGAAGCCCUGUAAGAGUGACCUCGGCCACUCCCUCCCAAGGAAGGAACGAGAAAGGCCAAAAGAGGAGUCACGGCCCCACAGUGUGGUGGACCUCACCUUGGAUGUCAAGGCGGAAGACGAGCGUAGAGUGAGCAAUUCGGAGAGGUCUGCGAAAACUGCGGAGCACGCUCGGCCUUUCUCUCACCAGCACUUGCCUGCUCUGAGCACCACGGACACUAAACCCAAACAGUCUCACCAGAGUUUACUUGGCAACUGCGGGACAAGCAGCAGCACACCAACCCGACACCUGAGUACAGAACAGGACAGGAGGGACAGUGACCGGGAUGACGAAACCAGCCGACAGUUGGGCCACCUUUCCUCCGACAAGCAGAAAAGAAUUGAUUCGGUUGCUACAUCAGCUGGCACUCUGCAUGUGUCGUAUGCCAGUCCCUCCUCCCUGCAGCCCAACCCAACCCAUCUCCCACCCAGGCUGGUUUCCUCUGGCACCUACCCUCCCCCUCACCACAUGCCGCCCAGCAUGUACCCGCUCUACUCUACAGCAAAAGAGCCAGGCAAAGAACACAGAGUGAUAGCUCCUACUUAUGUGCCUUCUGUCGAGGUUUACGACGAGCGAAAAGGGCCAAUUCAAAUUGCCUCCCAAGCUCGAGAUAAUAAAAAUGACAAGAGCAGGGAGAGGGACACGCACAGAUCAGCCCUGCAGGUGGGGAAUGAGAGAACGCAUAUGGACCACGGUCGGUCCUCCGUUAGGAGCGAGUCUCCCCCUCACGGAGACGUUAAGAAAGACAUUUUACGAGAGGAAGGCUCGAUAAUUAGGUCAAAUGGUUUGGCCAUGAAAAAGCCCUUGCAUUUGGAAAUGUGCACAAAUAAAUCUGGAAACAGCCCAGAUGCCAGGGACUUAUCCAACACUACAUCAAAACACACAAUCAAAACGGGACUCGAGACCGAAUCCCGCAGCCAAGAGCGGGAUAGGGUUCAAAGGUCUGCCCAUCCGUUUUCUAGAAUGGAUUCAGCUACGCUCCAUUCGGAACCGCAUCCGUUGAAGGCCUUGGGUUCUGCCGAACCCAAAUGGAAGCCUUUCGAGAUGGGCAAUUAUGCUACCAGUCACAUCACCGCAUUGGCGGCCCAACACACCCAUGGCACCCGAGGUGAAGAAGAGGGCAAGCGAAUGUACCUGGACACUACUGGCUUACAUAGACCGGUAGGCACCGGCGGAAGUCCCAAGGGCCACGGGGAGGUUUCGGCCAUGCAGAGCCUCAUCAAGUACAGCGGCAACUUCUCCAGCGAGUCUGGUUCCAGGCACGGAUCUGAUAGCCGUUGUCCGUUUGGAGGACUGGGCAGCAUGAAACUGGAGGCUGGUUAUCCCGGAGUGUCCAGAGUUCAGCACCUUCCGCCCCAGCAGUCAGGAAAGCAGUUGAAGAAGGAACCCGAGAGACCUGAGAGCGCUAUAUCCUUUGGCAGAGAAGGAAGCUCUUCUCAGGGGGAAGCCGAGGUUCGUCAUCCACCGGUAGGCAUUGCGGUGGCUGUUGCCCGCCAGAGGAACAACAGCAGCAAGCCCAGCUCGGUAUCGGACAGGGACAGGCCGAUUCUUGGAGGAGCCAUCAAAGGCCCAAUCCACACAGAGGAAGAGCGAGGAGACGAGAGGACACGUCAUGGGCACGAGCGCCUGCUGUCAGGACGUGUGGCGCGUGAGCAGGAGAAAGUGUUAAGAGAGAAUAAAGAGUUGGCAGACUACACCCAGUUGCAUCCACCUAUGGUGCCAGCUAGCGGGCUGAACCCCAACCUGAUGGUGACUGGUGGACCGACUCUGGCUGGUGCGGGCCGCUGGCCUGCUGACCCCGCCUCCCACCUGGCCUCCCACCCGUGGCUGCCCCGGCCAGGAGCCCCCUCCAUGUGGCUGUCUAGUUCUCCAUAUGGUCUGGGUCCCCCUUCCCUUCAUCAGGCGCUGCCUCCAGGAUAUUCUCCUGCCUUGACAGGCUCCAUCCCCCCACCUUACCAGUUUGCCCGAGAUCCACAAACUGGGCAGGUGGUUGUUAUUCCGACAGAGCAUCUGCCACACUAUGCUGAGAUGUUAGAGCGAGGCCCCCCGCUGUGGUCGGCCAUGUACCCGCCAGCAGGAAGCACUCUGCAGCAUGCCCAUCAGCUCCAGCUCCUCUCCCACCAGCAGGUCCUGCGCCAACAGGAGCUCUACAUGAUCCAGCACCAGACCGCACAGGUCAUGGAGCUGCAGAGGAAUGCACACUUAGUGGAGAGAUUAAAUGCAAGUCAAACGAGGACAGAUUUGGAGGAAAAGCCAGACAAGAGAGGAGCUGAAGGGGCCAAAUCCAGUCUCUCGGGCAUCCCCACUCCAGCCCUGCACUCACGCAAGCCUCCCCCACGCUCCCCGACCCCCUCCACCUCGUACAGAAAAGCCCUGACACCGCUGCCCGUCCCACCGCUGCCUUCACCUGUCACUGCACUGAAGUCUGCGGACAGACCCAAAGUGGAGAAGUCCCUCCCUCAACAGCCCUACUCCCAUCCGUCAUCUCCUGUCCCUCACUCAGUCAGCCCCGGUUCAGCAUCGCCCUCUUCUGCCUCCCCCAUCCAGACCAAAGAGGAGUCUGUGGAAGUGCCUGAGAAAGAGCCACUCAGUCUACAGAAGCAACCUUCUGCUCCCUUCCCAUCCAUUUACCAUGAAAUUCCUCCCGGCUACCCGUACCAAUCGAUAACGGCACCUUUCGGCAGCCAUUACCCCUACCUCCUCCAGCCGGCUGCUGCCGCAGAUGCUGACGGCCUGGCGCCAGAUGUACCGUUGCCGGCUGAGACCUCCGAACACUUGGCGACCGCCGCAGAUGUCAAACCCCAGCACUUGUGUUCUCCAGUGGUUGUGGAGCCACUUCAGGCAUCCAGAGAGCCAGAGUCCAUGGAGGAGGGCGGCGCAGUGUUCAAAAAAGAGCCAAACCUGGAAGACAGCAAAGACGUCCUGAGCCAGGACAGCCUGAGACUUGCACCCAUCGCCACCCAAGACUCUAGCUCCCCCACAGAGGCCGAAGCCCACCCUAGUGACAAAGCCACACCAUCGCCAGAGGAGGAAUCAGAUGAGGAAGAUAGGGAGGCUGUCAAAAUCGAAGCUGCCGCCUCCAGCCAUCCAAGACUGUACAAAACAUCUAUGCUGGACUCUGAGAGAACCACAAGAGCAGAAACCGCAGAGGCCUCGAUUGGUCUGGUAGACCAAGUCUACAAAUCCUCAUCUAGUUACACGGACGCACACCAUGUGGUUUGUGACAUCCAACCAGCAAAACCGCCCUUAGAUCUCUCCGAUAGCCUGAACCCAGUAGACCUCAGAGAUCCUGUCCCGGACACUCCACACCUGGAGUCCAAACUUGACAAUCCUUUCCUGCCUAACAGCAGCCCUCCUCACCUUCAGCCCUCUUCCGCACUGGUGGCCAUCCUGCCUGAAGACCCCAUGGCAGGCAUGUUUGCCCUGGUCACAGCCAGCGAGCUUCCGCAGGCUGGAGCGGUGUCCGUCCUGGCAGAUGCGUGUAGCUCUAGAUCUGAGCUCUGCAUGGGCGUCAGUCCCCUAGAGUCCACUGCUCUGGAAGGCAUGGCCCUGCUCAGCCAGAUGGCAGAGCUGGAGAUGCAGAGGCAACCCAGAGAUGACACACAGGCUGUAAUGCUCUGUGGACUGGAGAGUCUGCUGGAAGUUGGCAGACAGGUCCUCCUGGAGGCCAUUGAGUGUCAACCUCAGGUUAUCAUCCGCCUCCCCCGAGAGCUCAACCCUAAUAAGAAAUACAGCUGGAGACAGAAGAAAGAUGAACCUAUGUUCUCCAAAUCCUCUUUGGAGGGAAUGGACACCGUAGAAGUGGACUACCGUGUGAGACUCGCUGAGCUUCAGCAACAUUACAAAGAAAAGCAAAGAGAGCUGGUCAAACUGCAGAGGCGGAGAGACAAAGAAGAUAAACGUCAGCAGCUGCAACAACAACAACAACAACAACAGAUCCAGCAGCAGGAGAAGAACAGAAGUUUAGCCCGCAGGGGCCCGGGACGUCCCCGAAAGAGGAAACAUGGCCUAUGCGCACUGUCUCCACCCUCCAGCAAGCUGGAUUCGAAGUGUGCGAAGUUGGGCAGAAGUGUGCUUUACUCAGAGAUUUACUCUGAGACCAGGGAGGUGCUGAGGAAGCGCUUUCGGGCCUCUAACCGAGAUGAGGAGGAGGAAGAGAGUGCGUUUAGAUUGAAGAAGAAAAAAAAGAGCUGGAGCGAGCAGGAGGCAUCUUCAAGCUUCUCUCACGAGGCACCUAAAAUGGCUGUGAAGAAGAGCCGAGUGAGCGAGCAGGAGCAGUUGGCAUCCAAACUCGACAAGGCCUUGUCACUCACUAAGCUCAGUAAACUCAGCAAGCCCUCUUGUAAGUUCAUAGACGGUUCCUUGGCGAAGUCCAGGGCUAGUUCUGGAAGCAGAGUAUCCAUGCUCACCGAUAUAGACAUGAGAGUCAAGAUGGGAAAAUCCAGCCUUUCGAAAGAUCUCAGCAUCUUUCACAAGUGUUUCAAAGGAGGUAAAAGCAAAAUGGUAGCCAAAACUAAGCCUUCAGGUCCAUGCCUUAAGGGAAAGGGCCAGCGGAAAGCACCUUAUUCUCCAAUGAGGUCAGAAAUCAGCAGCUAUUCUAACAACACAGAUUCAGAAGAGGACAAUUCCCUGAAGGAUGGCUGGCCUCCUAGCUCCAUGUUGGGGAGAACAGGGUCACGUCCACAGCUCCCCGGCCUAUGCAGCACUCCAUCCAAGAAAAAGCGCUCAUCGUCCAAGAGAGCCUCUUCAUCCUCAUCUUCAUCACUCAAGUCCAAGCAGGCGGCCAAAGAGAGGAAACAUAAGCACUUUGCUUUAUUGCUACAGGAGGCAGGAGUCAGCUCCUCUGAGGACUCAUUUGAUCAAGAGUAUUUUACCGAACGGGAUGAUUAUGAGGAUGAUGACGACGAGGAUGAAGAUGGGUAUGAUUACGAGCUUGAUGAAAGCGACAGCCUGUGUUCGUCAUCCAUAGAAGAAAGCGGGCUGGGUCUUCUGGCUCGCUUUGCCGCCAGCGCUAUCCCGAGCCCCGUUGUCACCAGUCCGCUCUCCAUUGUCCAACUGGAGGCUAAACAGAAAGCCAAGAAGAAAGAGGAACGGCAGAGUCUUCUGGGUACAGAGUUCGAGUUUACAGAUUCCGAGAGCGAUGUUAAGACGAGAAAGAAGUUUCCGUCGCUGUUGCAUGGCAAAUGGUCAGCUCCUGAGCUCCCGCUCUUGCCGCCCGCAAGCGUUAUGCGUGACGACUCCAGCCCCAGCAAGGGUGGACGCAAACCCAAGAAACCCAAGUCUCCCCGGGAGUUCAGUUUCGACCUUACCGCUGAUGGGAGUGAAGACGAACAAUGGACGCGGCGGAGGAGCGAACGCAUCUUCCUCCACGAUGCUGCCCAAGCCAACCCCAUCUCCCUGUCCAGCAAAACUCCUCUUCCGCUUACUCCCAAACCCGCCCGUGGCCCCAAAGCGUCCCCACAGAGCCCUAAGGAGCUGGCCAAAGGCAAGGAAGCGAGAGACCCCAACAAGAAGAAGAGGGUUAAGGAGACCCCCCUGUGUCUGCCCCCACCCCAGCUCUCCAGCACACCCUCGGACGGCACCGGAGCUCUCCCUGUCAGCCCAGGGCGCAAGAGCAAGGUGAAGCCCAAAGCCAGAGAGGAAUUGGGGCAAAAUGUGCUUGAAUUCUUUAAUUGCUGUUUUAUGACUAAAUCAGACUUCAUUUUCUUGUCCCUGUUUUCCCUGUCAUUUGCAGUUUUUAAGGUGGUGAUGAGAUGUCUCUGGUUUUAUUUAGUAGCACGUUUCAGCAUGUCUCUCUUCUCAUCUCCCUCUGUUCUGUGUCCCCCAGCCCCUCGGAACUGUGUCAUUAACAAAGAUGAACUGCAGGAUGGAUUACGGGUCCUCAUCCCUAUGGAUGACAAACUCCUGUAUGCCGGCCACGUCAGCACUGUUCACUCUCCUGACAUAUACAGUGUGGUGGUGGAGGGCGAGAGGGGGAACAGGCCACAUAUCUACUGCCUGGAGCAGCUGCUACAGGAGGCGAUUAUUGAUGUGAAACCCCCCUCCGUUAGAUACCUUCCCCAGGGGACCCGGAUUGCAGCCUACUGGAGCCAGCAGUACCGUUGCCUCUACCCUGGCACGGUCGUCAGAGGGAGCCCGGACAUGGAAGACGUGGACGAUUUGAUUACAGUGGAGUUUGAUGAUGGAGACACUGGCCGGAUCCCGCUCUCUCAUAUUAGGCUGCUGCCGGCGGACUACAAGAUUCAGUGUGCAGAACCGUCCCCUGCGCUCCUUGUGGCUAGCACCAAAAGGCGAGGAAGGAAGUGCAGUAAGGAUGUAACUGAUGGCAAAGAGACACCACCCAAAAACACAGAGGAGUCUGCUCCGAAAAGCAGGGGCCGAGGAAGAAAACCCAAACCCAAGCCAGAGCCUGAAGUCGCUCCAAAGGAGCACGAAAAGCCUGACACACCAACCCCAACGCAGGUCCCCGAGAGGCCCCUGUCCGGCCAGAAAAGCGGCCCACGGCCAGGUAGAAAAAUUAAGCAAGUCGGCACAGCCAGCCCCUCCAUCCCCGUAUCUAAUGAAAGCCAGAAGAAAACUACAGGAAUCAAGCCCCCAGCCAAAGUGCGUUCCCAGCCCCAGUCUCUCUACUCGCCGCCGCUCUAUGGAAAAGUUCUGUCUGUGGAUCUCUAUAAUGAGCCCUCCACUUCUCUGGCCUCCUUUAUAUCCAACAAUGAGACUGCGAGUCCCGCAGGGAAAGGAAAGCCGGUCAAACGCUUGCGAAAGCCUGAGGAGGAGGCAUCUGGGUUUGGUGUGAAAACGCAACGCAAGCAACCGCAGACUGAGAUCCUUAUCAAACUGGACCAUGAGGGAGUCAUGUCACCCAAAACCAAGAAGACCAAAGCCCUCAUGAUGAUGGAGGGCCAAAACCUCUCCAAAAGAGAGAAUAAGUCUGUCAUGGGUGUCAGCUACACUACAAUAUCCACUGCAGACAAAACACUGAAAGCUAAAAACAAGCCGAGUGAGGCAGACCCGCCUACUACAGAGAGCGUGUCCACCUACAGUGUUCGUAAGCUUGGCAGUGGAAGUGAGGGUCUGAUGAAGGUGAGCAAAUCAGGGGAGAAGGACAAGAAGGAACUGGAGUGUCCCAACUGCAGUAGCAGCAGCAGCAGCAGCUCGGAGUCUGAGGGAGAAGAGGAGCGAGGGGCCUCGCAGGGAAAGAAGCCCAAACAAGACUCGACCAGCUCCAACAGCUCGCGGGCAACAAGUCCCACCUCUUCCAGCUCAUCCACAAGCAGUUCCUCAUCCUCAGCUGGUUCUCACUCCUCCUCCUCCUCCUCAUCGUCUUCCACCACCAGUGAUGAAGAAUCCUCCUGUAGCUCAGAUGAAGAACCGGUUGCUGUUUCUCAACCAUCCCCAGCCGCAGAGCAUGUACCACCUCAAGAGGAGGAAGACGAGAAGGCCAAGUCAAAAACGGGGCCUGCUGCCAACAUCCAGAAGCUCCAGAAGCAGCAGGCGUCUGCCACACAGCAGCAGCAGGAGCCCCAGAGACAGCAGAAGGUGAAGCAGGGAGUCGGUCGCCCCAAAAGACGAGAGGGAAUCCACCUCCCAACUACUAAGGAGCUGGCAAAAAGACAGAGGCUACCCUCCGUUGAGAACAGGCCCAAGAUCUCCGCUUUCCUUCCUGCCAGACAGCUGUGGAAAUGGUUUGGAAAGCCUACUCAGAGGCGGGGAAUGAAAGGGAAGGCGAAGAAGCUUUUCUACAAAGCCAUAAUGCGUGGGAAGGAAAUGAUCCGUAUUGGAGACUGUGCCGUGUUCCUGUCUGCUGGACGACCCAAUCUCCCCUUCAUUGGACACAUCCAGAGCAUGUGGGAGUCCUGGGGAAACAACAUGGUGGUCCGUGUCAAAUGGUUCUAUCAUCCUGAGGAAACCAACCCUGGAAAGAAACUUCAUGACAAAAAGAACUGGGAUCAAAUGUCUGGCCAAAGUCUUCCUGCUGUUCUGCAGGCUUCCAACCAGAGAAAAGACUUCAUGGAGCGGGCCCUCUACCAGUCCUCUCACAUUGAUGAGAAUGACGUCCAGACCAUUUCUCAUAAAUGUCUGGUGGUCAGCCUUGAGCAAUAUGAGCAGAUGAUUAAAACUAAGAAGUACCAAGACAGCGAAGACCUCUACUACCUGGCUGGCACUUAUGAGCCCACCACGGGAAUGAUAUUCAACACGGAUGGGGUUCCUGUAAUCUGCUGAGGAUCAACAAAUGAGGCGCAUGGAACCAAACGAAUGAGAUACAAGGGCUAGACAGAUGUGUUGGCUUCACCCAAAGCCUGACUAAUCAGACGAGUACAGAAAACGUCCUGACAAAGACACAAGCAUCCAUGAGAUGAGACCACUUCAACAGAUGCCCAUCAUUUCAAACACGAUGGUGACGGUAUUGUCAAAUUGCGCUAGAUUCGAAGUGUUUGGUCUGUUAAUGGAGUACUCCGCUUCAUGAUUGUGGUGGACAAAUUAUGUUCUCGGGAAUCUCUAGUUGAAGAGAAAAACAUGGCAAAGAAAGUGAAAGCGCAUCAAAAAUGUCUCGAAGGUCGACUGCAUCUGCACCGCUGAGCCCUGUUUGCCUCAGCCAUCACACUUCUGCAGGACUCAUUCUCCGGGUGAGAAGGCCUGCUUGGAACCAGCUUCUUUGGCCGUGGGACCAACAACGGAAAGAGUAAUUAAAGCUCACACUUCUGCCCAGAGAGUCGUCCCCACCACACGCUCCGCUGUCCAGUUACUACUGAUAGCUUCAAGGGCUGGCUAAUGAACUCAGAUGGGUAAAACGAUAGCAGACGUAAAGCUGCGGCCCAUGUGAGAAGCACUUAAAAGAAAGGACUGAACUGUGGUCUGCGAGUCUGCAAGGACUGUUUAUUAAUAGGAAAGUGUGAGUCACUUUUCCACCGAAUGGCCCAGAAGAUCUAUCAGAAUAUUUAUAUACGAUCCUCGGCCCUCAGCCGCCGCGGCAGAAAGGUUUCUUUUUACGAGUCAAGGGCUCUCCUGGGACAGAAACAGAUGUAGAUGAUGCCCGUUUGUAAAUACAUGCAUACAAGCUAUAUAGGAUAUGAACAAAUAUAUUUUAUUUUCGUGUACCAUAGAUUUAUGUGACAGUAAUUUUUUUAAAGCAUCAAAAGAUUUAAAAAAAAAGCUUUAAUAAACUGUGAAUAAUGUUUAAAAUGUUAACAAAUAUCAGGAACUAGAUUUAGAGUACAGAUCUUGUAAGUCGUUACUGGAAUCUCAGAUGCCCACUACAUUGACGACGUAAUGUAAUCUUGAUAUCAAAACUACUAUUACAGGACAAAUGGUUCGUGGGAUUUGACAGUGUUCAAAGCCAGUUGUCCCAUAAUGCCGUUUUACAACGGAAAUCACUUAAAUUCUGCCCUUGGUCUUACACAGGACAGACUUCCCUUGACAAUCCUCUGUUCAGGUGGACGUGAAGCGCUUUGCGGGAAAACCAUUUUAGUUAUCUCAUUGCUUCUCAGGGUCAGUGAGAGAUGGAGAAUGAGAGUUUAAAAAGCACCAUAUAAUCAGGCUACGCUUGCUUAUCGUGUCUAUUUUACUCGGCUUUCUCUUUUUUUCUGGAAUUAUCCCCCACAGAAAGCAAUUACAUCUCGUGCAUGAAAGCACUUUCUUCGAAUAAACAAAUAGCAGCAGUGCAGGUGACGUUAUCUGUUAGUGCUGAAAGUCGAAAGCGGAGUUGUUUUUUUGCCUUUCUCACGUCUACGUUUUUCUCCAUCUCGACUUUUAUUCCAAGCCGUUUUCUGGUUCGUUCUUAAUAGCCUUAACCUUGGUCCCUAAAAGCUGCCGUGUACCGGCAGAAUCAAAGUCUGAAUGUUGUUUUGAAAAUAGGUCCUUCUGAUUGAUAUUGUGUUCCAGAGAAAGUGCCAUCAGUCAUCAGAGGCAGUUAGGACCAGGCUAUGUAUUGGCUGCUUCUCUAAUCAAGACCAGUCAAAUGUAUUUGAUUUAUGGCAUGCAUCCUUACAUGGAUGAAGAUACUAGCAAACACCUUAUUUGCGUAAUUGUAAUUAUGGUUCUUAUUUUUUGCCUCAUUUUUACGGUUCAGAGGAGGUAUGAAUGUCUUUGUCUUCUUAAAGGUUGGGCACGUGUUGUUUGAUGCUGGAAGGAAACUGUUCUUAAACAUUUUUCAUGUCUGUUUAUGCGGGGGGGGUGUUUAUAAUGAAACAAAAACCAUUAGAUGAUCUGUACUGAUCUUUUUAAAACAAUUAUGGUUACCCAGAUAUAUAGAAAAGAUGAGGUUAGAGGCUACUUUGUGUUGUUGUUGUUGUUGUCUGCAGUUGCCCAGCCAAAUUUUUUUCUACCUCCCACCUUGGUUCAACGUUUCAUGUUUUUGUUUGAUAUUUUCUCUUGGUGGUAUUUUUACACUUGUGAAAGAAAUGUCACCGCAUGUGGGCUUUUAAACCAUUGCCUGUCUUUUAAUUCUUUCGCCAUGAUGAAUACCCUGAUGUCUCUGUGAAUGAUGUUCAGUAGAUACUUAUUGGUUCUUUCUGUUGUUUUGUUUUAUUUUUUUCCCCCGUUUUUAGAGGGAGAAUAGUGAGAUCAAGAAGGGUAUGGACACUAGAGACUUCCAGUCUUUGCGAUUGGAAAAUAUUUGGCCUACUCAGUAUUUUGAAAAUGUUUUUGUAUUAUAGAAAUGUUGACACUAUUAUGUAUUGUAGAACCGUCUGAAAUAUAUAUAUAUAUAUUUUUCGUGUACGUUUCAUAUUACAUUGCCCCGGUCUCUCUUAAAGAGAUAUUAUCUUGUUGAUAUUCAAUAGGUUGUAUUUCUUAAAAUGUUUUAUCAUUGUAUGUGUGGUCUUGAGGCUUAAAAGGAUAUUCAGCCUAUUCCGGUUCGGACUGUUUUCUAAGUCACCUAAUUUGGUUGAGGAUUUUACACACACCCAAAGCUAAUUCAAAUGCCAAAUGAUCUUCGAAUGCACAGUGAA